UGUACAUGUAAACGAUGUGAAUCAUGGCACAAUCUCGAUAAACCAACUUCAAGCCUCCUGCAAGACGAGGGUCCUUGCAGCUCCAGACAUCAUAUCUCUACAGAUCAUCUACUCAGAAACCAGAAACGUUUCAUUUUUCAGAAACAUGGUCAGAUGCUCCAAAGUAGUUAUUGUUCAGCUGUUAGCUUUUAUUGCAGUAUUGGGACUGUUGAACUUUUACUUCAACAAUGAAGAGACAGAGACCUCCGACACGCAUUCAUUUAACGAGAAGUUACCUACUCGGAUAAAGUUCCUCCCUUCUGCCGGCAGUGAGGCACACCAAGAUGAACAGGAGAACACCGAACCACCAGAGACAGCCUACAACAAGACAUUGGACCCAGAGAGUCAGGAAACAGAGCAAGAGCAAACUGAUGAGCAAAAAGAGACGUUGAGAAUGCAACAAAAGGAGGCGGAAGAAAUGCUGAGAAAGGAGCAGCAAGAGGUAAGGGAGAAGGAACAACAAAAGGCAGAAGAAAAGCUGAAAAAAGAACAAGAGGAAAAAGAGAAAAUGCGCAAGGAGCAGGAGCAACGAGAGCUUGAACAGGAAAAAAGCAAGUCCCCUGAGGUCGUGAUAGAUGAGAGGAUGCAAAGAGUGAAGGAAGUUUGCAAGAGACUCAACUAUCCCAACUCAAAUCAGUACAAUAUGUAUCUAUUUGGGAAGUACGGUAAGGGUGGUAUCUCAUGGUGCCCAACCUUCAAAGCCAGCAGUUCAACAUGGCGGGAUUUCUUCAUUGACAACGUGUUGGGGUCCCAUGCUAACUUCAUGGGAGUGCAUUACCAUCUGGGGGUGCUGGGAAACCAGAUUCUUACUAGGGGUUCAAUGAGAGGGUCCUCAAACGAGAGGAGGAGAUUGUUCAGAAGCGAGUCAACAGAGAGUGUUCGGUUCACUGUAGUCAGACAUCCUAUCUCUAGAUUGAUAAGUCACCUACGAAAAGCACAGAACUACCCCAAGGAAGUGAGAGCCCAAAGGGGGGACUGGGUUGAGGAGUGUAUUAUAAACGGACGAACAGACCCCAAGUGGGACAGUGCUACCAGGACCAAGUACAAGCGCGAGUUUGACAUCUAUAUAAACGAGAUUGAUUCUGGUAGACACAGCUCUUACUCAGAGGAGAACCCCUACCUUCACCCGCCUUACCCAGUUUUCCCAGAACUUAUAGAUUUCGUCAUGAGACAUAGGGGUCGAGACGAUAAAGGUAACAACGGACACUGGAGACCCACAAUUGAGUGGUGUGAUAUCUGUCAGAACGAUCUCGAUAUUAUUAUACAGCUUGAGGAAGAACCGGAGGAGUUGAUGGUCCUGCUAGACCGUCUCCAGAUGACACAGUAUAAGGCGAGCUUUCUGUCAAAACACAACUCAUCCAGCAACAAAUCUGCCUCAGCUGAUGAAAUAAAACUUUACGUUAAGCAGCUUAACCGAGAACAGAUUGAAUAUUUAAAUAAAAUGUACGCAGCAGAUUUCGAGAUGUUUGGGUAUGAUCCUAUUGAGAUGAUAGCGUGAUAAAACGUAAAUUUAAUACGUUGAUUUAAAUAAUGAUAAUAAUUUAUUGUGAUUCAAUGUAAUUUAUUUCUUUUUAAUUUCUGAA